GCAGCCAUGAUGGCAGAAGAGCUGAAGAAGGAGCAGGACACCAGUGCCCACCUGGAGAGGAUGAAGAGGAAUCUGGAACAGACGGUGAAGGACCUGCAGCACCGCCUGGAUGAGGCUGAGCAGCUGGCUCUGAAGGGAGGCAAGAAGCAACUCCAGAAACUAGAGGCGAGGAUUCAUGAAUUAGAACACGAGCUUCAUGCUGAGCAGAAACGAGGAAUAGAGUCACUGAAAGGUGCUCGGAAGUAUGAACGAAGGCUGAAGGAGCUCACGUACCAGUCUGAAGAGGAUAAGAAAAAUAUUCUCCGGCUCCAGGACCUGGUGGACAAGCUGCAGUUAAAAGUGAAAGCAUACAAGAAACAGGCUGAAGAAGCUGAAGAACAGGCAAAUGCCAAUCUCUCACGAUGCCGCAAGGCCCAGCACGAGCUGGAAGAGGCUGAAGAACGAGCCGAUAUUGCUGAAUGUCAGGUUAACAAGUUGCGAGCCAAAAGUCGUGACAUUGGAGGACAG